ACAACAGUUUGUUAGUACCAAGAAAACCCACCAUGAGUUCAUCUUCCCCUUGCCACCCAUUUCAGAAAUCCAUCAAACCCCACUCCUUGAUCCAGCAAAAGGUGCAAUGGUACCCGGACCACCCGAAUUCCAUCAUCAUCGUAAACUCGGCUUCGUCUCUCGUCCUAGACGCAAGCGAACCUGAAGUCAAACUCCGAGAAUUUACAGGAAGUCCGCUGCAACAAUGGGAAUUUGAGUGCCCAUCACAGGCUAGUUUUUUUCUGAAGAACGUUGGCACAGGGAGAUAUCUUCAUGCACAGGGGGCUCAAAAUGAGUUUCAUCUCGUAACUGAGGCAAAAAGUGGAGCUCCGAGUCAGCUGUGGCAAUAUAAUUCUGAGGAACAGACCGUCAGAAAUCCUGGCAGCAACAAAGUUCUGGAUGUACAAGGGAGAUUUUUUGUUCCCGGAGGUCAAAUUAAAGUGCACGAUCAUCAUGGGGGAAACAACCAAAAAUUUGUCCUGUAUUACAACAAUUUGUAAUUUUGUAGGUAUUUGUAUUAUUUUAUUAUUAUUAUUACACUAACUU